GGCGCCCCGGCGGAGCCCCGGCGGCGGGAUUGGCUGUGGGACUCGCGUGUCAGGCGGUUGCUAGGCUCCAGCCCGCGCGCCCCGCCCUCGCGCUCGGCGCCCUCUCACCGCCCGGUGACGUGCUCGCGCGGAGGCUGCGGCGCGGCGCGGCGCGGGCGCUCGCGCUCCUUGGGCUCCGGGGGCGGCAGCCGGGCAGCAGCUUCGCGCCGAGUCCCGGGGGAGCGGCGACGGGCUGCGUCCUGAGGGGCCCGGGAGGAGCGAACACCUGCCGCGGCCUGCCCGCCUGAGGAAAGGCGCUCGACUCUGGGUGUUCUGGGAUGGAGAAAGUAUACAGAGGGUGAGGACCCAACUGCGGGACCAUAUCACUUGCUUCCUUCCUUAGCAAGAUUAUCAGCUUGAGCAAACUCAAGCCCAUGCUAAAGAUGUCUAUGGGCCACUCACUGCUCCCCCUCUGGGGGAGGACCUUUCUCCUUCUACUCUGCAUGGCCAUGGCGCAAUCCCGCUGGCCAAGUGACCCUUCAGAAGCCGUCAGGGACUGGGAGAACCAACUGGAGGCAUCCAUGCACUCUGUGCUUUCCGACCUUCAUGAAGCUGUUCCCACCGUGGUUGGCAUUCCUGAUGGCACAGCUGUCGUCGGUCGCUCAUUUCGAGUGACCAUUCCAACAGAUUUAAUUGCCUCCAGUGGAGAAAUAAUCAAGGUGUCUACAGCCGGGAAGGAGGCCUUGCCAUCUUGGCUUCACUGGGACCCACAGAGUCACACCCUGGAAGGCCUCCCCCUUGACACCGAUAAGGGUGUGCAUUAUAUCUCGGUGAGUGCUGCCCGCCUGGGCGCCAAUGGGAGUCACGUCCCCCAGACCUCCAGUGUGUUCUCCAUUGAAGUCUACCCCGAGGACCACAGUGAGCCCCAGUCUGUGAGGGCGGCGUCGCCAGACCCUGGUGACAUAGUGUCUUCUGCUUGUGCUGCUGACGAGCCAGUGACGGUCCUUACAGUGAUUCUAGAUGCUGACCUCACCAAGAUGACCCCAAAGCAGAGGAUCGACCUUCUGCACAGGAUGCGCAGCUUCUCAGAGGUGGAGCUUCACAACAUGAAGUUGGUGCCAGUGGUGAAUAAUAGACUGUUCGACAUGUCCGCUUUCAUGGCCGGCCCCGGCAACGCAAAGAAGGUGGUAGAGAAUGGGGCUCUACUCUCCUGGAAGCUGGGCUGCUCCUUGAACCAGAAUAGUGUGCCUGACAUUCGUAGCGUCGAGGCCCCUGCCCGGGAGGGUGCUAUGUCUGCCCAGCUCGGCUAUCCGGUGGUGGGCUGGCACAUUGCCAACAAGAAGCCCCCUCUUCCCAAACGGAUCCGGCGGCAGAUCCAUGCCACACCCACGCCCGUCACUGCCAUCGGACCCCCAACCACAGCCAUCCAGGAGCCACCAUCCAGGAUCGUGCCCACCCCUACAUCACCAGCCAUCGCUCCUCCCACAGAGACUCUGGCUCCUCCCGUCAGGGAGCCUGUUCCCGGGAAGCCCACGGUAACCAUUCGGACUCGAGGUGCCAUUAUUCAGACCCCCACCCUGGGCCCUAUCCAGCCCACGCGGGUAUCAGAAGCUGGCACCAUGGUUCCCGGCCAGAUUCGUCCAACCAUGACCAUUCCUGGCUACGUGGAGCCCACGGCAGUGGUUACGCCUCCCACCACUACCACCAAGAAGCCCCGAGUAUCUACCCCCAAACCAGCCACGCCUUCGACUGAUUCCUCAGCCACCACGACUCGCAGGCCAACCAAGAAACCUCGGACCCCCCGCCCAGUGCCCCGAGUCACCACCAAAGCUCCCAUCACCAGAUUGGAGACGGCCUCCCCACCCACUCGUAUCCGAACCACAACCAGCGGCGUGCCUCGUGGUGGGGAGCCCAACCAGCGCCCAGAGCUCAAGAAUCACAUCGACCGGGUAGACGCCUGGGUGGGCACCUACUUUGAGGUGAAGAUCCCAUCAGACACCUUCUAUGACCUCGAGGACACCACCACCGACAAGCUGAAGCUGACCCUGAAGCUGCGCGAGCAGCAGCUGGUAGGCGAGAAGUCCUGGGUGCAGUUCAACAGCAACAGCCAGCUAAUGUACGGCCUGCCCGACAGCAGCCACGUGGGCAAACAUGAGUAUUUCAUGCACGCUACAGACAAGGGGGGCCUGUCGGCCGUGGAUGCCUUCGAGAUCCAUGUCCAUAAGCGCCCCCAAGGGGACAAGGCCCCUGCAAGGUUCAAGGCCAAGUUUACUGGUGACCCAGCGCCCCUAGUGAAUGACAUCCACAAGAAAAUCGCCUUGGUAAAGAAGCUGGCUUUUGCCUUCGGGGACCGAAACUGCAGCACCAUCACCCUACAGAACAUCACCCGGGGCUCCAUCGUCGUGGAGUGGACCAACAACACACUACCCCUGGAGCCCUGUCCCAAGGAGCAGAUCACGGGACUGAGCCGGAGGAUUGCCGAUGACACGGGGAAGCCUCGGCCUGCCUUCUCCAACGCCCUGGAGCCUGAUUUUAAGGCCCUGAGCAUUGCCGUGACCGGUGCCGGCAGUUGCCAGCACUUGCAGUUUAUCCCCGUGGGCUCCAAGAAGUUACCCUCCACCGUGCCACCCACAGAGGUGCCAGACAGGGACCCCGAGAAGAGCAGUGAGGAUGACGUUUACCUCCACACCGUCAUUCCAGCCGUGGUGGUCGCGGCCAUCCUGCUCAUCGCUGGCAUCAUUGCCAUGAUCUGCUAUCGCAAGAAGCGAAAGGGCAAGCUGACCCUCGAGGACCAGGCCACCUUUAUCAAGAAGGGGGUGCCGAUCAUCUUUGCCGAUGAGCUAGAUGACUCCAAGCCCCCACCCUCCUCUAGCAUGCCACUCAUCCUGCAGGAGGAGAAGGCCCCCCUCCCCCCACCUGAGUACCCCAACCAGAGCGUGCCCGAGACCACUCCUCUGAACCAGGACACCGUGGGAGAGUACACACCCCUACGGGAUGAGGAUCCUAACGCCCCUCCCUACCAGCCACCCCCACCCUUCACGGCCCCCAUGGAGGGCAAGGGCUCCCGUCCCAAGAACAUGACCCCGUACCGGUCACCCCCUCCAUACGUCCCCCCUUAACUCACAAGCGCCUGGGUGGAGGCAGGGGUAGGGCAGGGGUGUGUUGUCUGUGGAGACCGGUGGCCCACAGACCCAUCGCCCACCGGUAGCCAACACCCAACCUAGCACACACUGACACAAACAGGGCCUGGACAAAGCCCGCCCUCUCUGGUCCUCCCAAACCCCCCAAAGCAGCUGGAGAAACUUUGGGGACUUUUUUUUUUAAUUUUUAAUUUUAAUUUUUUAAUUUUAAUU